AUGAGGCGCCUGGUCGCGCUGCCCCUGGCCCUGGCCGCGGGCCUCUUCGCCGCGCUGUCGCUCGUGAGAAGAACGCGACCACUCGCGCAAAUCUCUCUAGCAACGACGAGCGCACACGUGCUCUACGUCUCGCCCGACGGCGCCGACGGCCCGUCGCGGGGCCAGAGCCGGGACGCGCCGCUCAAAAGCGUCACCUACGCGCGCGACCUGCUGCGGAGUCGCACGCCCGGCGCGAGCGCGACCGUCGUGCUCCUGCGGGGCACGCACUACCUCGCGCCCGGGGAGCCCCUGUCGCUCGGGCCCGAGGACUCGAACACGCGCUUCGUCGGCGAAGGCGCGACGCUCAGCGCCGGGCGGUCCAUCCCCGCGGCCUGCUUCGAGCGCGAGGGUACGAGCGACAUCUGGGCCUGCAAGCUCGACGACGCGGGCGGCGGCGCGCCGCGCGUCGCGAGACUCGACGCGAGGACGUCGCUCCCCGCGCGCGCGCCGAACGAGGCCAAGGGCCGGCCCUACGAGUCCGGCUGGCUCUACGUGGACCAGGUCCUCGUCUCCGGCGGCGACUUCGCCGUCUUCACGGUGGACACGGCCGCGCCGGAGACGCCCGCCUUCUUGGAGGACGACGAGUGGGCGGGCGGCCGCGCGACGAUGUUUCCGCGCGACUCCUGGCACAGCUACCAGGGCCUCAUCCGCAACGCCGACGGCGCCUCCUACACGCAGAGCUCGAGGCAGCGCGUGCUCAACAUGACCUGCCCCGUCGCGGGCGCGUGCGACGCCGACGACACGGAGGUCAAGGCGGGCUGCCGCUUCUACGUCUACGCGACGCCCGACGGCCUGAGCGAGGGCGAGUGGUACCUGGACGAGGCGCGGCGCACGCUGCGCGUCUGGCCGCCGCGCGCCUCCGCCACCUUCGACGUCGAGGUCGUGCUCCCGACGGCGGGCGCCGUCGUCGAGGUCUCGGGCGCGGACUUCGCCGAGGGCUCCCCCGCGACGCCCGCGACGUCCAUCGUGUUGGAGUCGAUAACCUUCGCCGACGCCUCCUACUGGCGCCACGGCUUCCAGAACGGCUUCUCCCAGCGGCCCGACGCGCUCGGCUUCCCGGACGACGCCGCGGUGCGCAUCUCCGGCGGCCGGGACGUCGCGGUCAGGAACUGCACGUUCCGCGAGCUCGGCGGCGGCGGCGUCGCCGUGGGCAACGGCAGCGCGGGCGUGGCCAUCGCCGGCAACGUCUUCGAGCGCCUGGGCCAGAGCGCGGUCAUCUUCGUCGGCAACGCGACGUCGCAGGCGACGGACUCGGAGAUUUUAGACAACCGGAUGACGGACAUCGGCACGAUCCACGGCUCCGCCGGCGGCGUCGUGCUGAGCAGCGCGUCGCGCAUCCGCGUCGCGCGCAACGACAUCAGCAAGAUCGCGCGCUGGGGCGUCCACGUGCGCCACUUCGCGCCGGAAACCGUCGGCGGGCCGUCGCUCGCGAACGUCGUCGAGCACAACCGCGUCGUCGAGACGGGCGAGACGACGGCGGCGCUCGGCGCCAUCUCGACGACGGGCGUCUGGCACAACGCGGGGCUGACGAACUCCGUGAUCCGCUACAACUGCGUCCGCGACACGAUUGGCUUCGACAAGGGCAACGCGCGGCCAGACGAGACCUUCGGCAUUUAUUUGGACAACGAGGCCUCGGGCUACGACGUCCACCACAACGUGAUCCGCAACACGCAGGACGGCGGCUUCAUGGUCCACUACGGCCACAACAACACGGUCUGGAACAACGUCUUCGCGAACGCGUCGCUCUCGGGCUACGACACGACGGGCGGCGGCGUCUGGGCCGACGGCGACGCGGCCUACAACACGACGGGGAACACGUUCUGGCGCAACGUCCUCGUGGUCUACAACAACUCGGGCGAGAUGCCGCCGCGGCUUCUGAAGGGCGAGAUGUACGCGCCGUACUACUCGACCAUCGACGACAACGUCUACUUCUCGCCGGACCUGGACCUCGCGGCCUGGAACUCGAGCGAGCUCACGCCCCUGGGCACCUGGGCCCAGUGGACGGCCGCGGGCUACGACGCGCGGUCCAAAGUCGCGGACCCCAUGUUCCGCGACGUCGCGGAGGGCGACUUCUGCCUCCUGCCGGACUCGCCGGCCUUCGACCUCGGCUUCGACCCGAUACCCUUCUCCGCGCAUCGCCGCGCCCAGCGGAGCCACUCGCACGAGCAGUCGCGCGCGACGACGGCCGUCUGCAUGUUCGAGCGCGGGACGCGCGUCGGCGGGCGCAUCCACAGCCUCCGCGGCCAGGGCCCCGCCAAGGACCUCGUCGUCGAGGCCGGCGCGUACCGCUUCGUGCUCAACCGGACGUGCGCGGACAUCGAGGGCUGGUCCUGGUGCCUGUCGACGCCGCUGACGCGCGGCAUCGUCGAGGAUUAUUUGGAGUUAAACUGGACGCGCUACAACCCCGACGCGACGGCCUGGGACCACGAGCUCGCGAAGAUCACGGACGCGGACGGCGCCGACGCCGGUUUUUUAACGUUCGUCGAGGACCUGCUCGCGCGCGCAGAGAGCUCCGGCCGCUUCGAGGUCUACUUCGGCCACGAGGUGACGUCGCUGGCCAAGGUCGACGGCGGCUACGCUCUCAACUUCGCCGACGGGUCGACGGCGCUCGCGAAGCAGGUCGCUCUAAACCUGCCGCAGACGCCGCUCCUCCGGGUUUUGGCGAAGAGCGCCAUCGCCGAGACCGCCGCGGACGUGCCCGACGUCGUCCACACCAUGCUCGCCUUUCCCUUGCUGAAGCUCUACGUCCACUACGACGACGCCUGGUGGCGCAACAUCCUGGGCCUCACGAGCGGCCCGUUCAACAACUCGGACGCGUGGAGCUGGAAGGACGACCCGUCUCCCAUGGCCCAGGACGACUGCCUCGCGGCGCGCCAGCUGCCCUUCGUGCUCCAGGGCUCCUACCACGACGGCGACGUGCGCUGCGACGCCGACGGCGCCCGCUGCCGCGGCUUCAUCCAGGCCGCGUACAUGGGCGACGUCCAGGCCGUGCGCCUCUACCAGCAGUUCCACUUCGCAGAGAACGGCGACUCCGUGGCCCACCUCGACGCCGCCAACCCGCACGACGACAAGCUCCUGCGCCAGGUCCACGAGGCGCUCGUGGCGUACCACGCGCCCAUGAUGGACGAGGCCGCGCUCGAAAAGGUCCGGGGCCUGUCGCCGAACAUGGGCGUGCUCUCGAUCUGGGACCAGACGGCCGCGGGAUUUGGAGCGGCCUGCCACAUGCCCAAGGCCCUCGCCAAGGACGGCGCGGGCGUCGCGCCGGAGAAGAUCCCGUCCACGGCCAUGCGCCCCUUCGGGCCGACCGAGGACAUCUUCCUCGCGAACGAGGCCUACGGCACGGUGGAGUGCUUCGCCGAGGGGUCCCUCGUCAUGGCGGAGAACGUCGCCGCGGCGCUCGGCGUGCCGCCGCCGACGUGGAUCGACCCGGCCAUCUACGACCAUGACAUCCGCUUCAACGCGUCCGUCGCGCACCCGUCCGGCCGCGCCAAGGGCGCGUCGCACCCGCGCGGCGACCUCGCCUUCAUCGAGGCCCUCGCCAAGUAGAAGGGCGCCUUCGUUUAACUGUAUGCUAGAA